ACCACCUCCUCCUCGUAUAAAACCAACCACCACUCCCCCCCCCGGCUCCCCUGCCUUCCGUUGUUCAUUCCACGAAACAAGGCUCGCGCCGGCUGCUUGGCUGCAGACACACCACGCCACCAGUCCAUCGCCGGCACUCCGGAAGCACGCCCUUCUUUGUUCCUCCGACUCCCACUCGGCGGCGGCGACGACGACGACGGGAGGAGCGGCGGAUCGAGCGAAUCGAUCUGUGCGUGCGUGGCUGUCGCGCGCGUCGAUCUCUGCCGGGCAGGGCAGGUCAGGGCGGGCGGCAUGGGGAGGUCCCCGUGCUGCGAGCAGGCGCACACCAACAAGGGCGCGUGGACCAAGGAGGAGGACCAGCGCCUCAUCGCCUACAUCAAGGCCCACGGCGAGGGCUGCUGGAGAUCGCUCCCAAAAGCCGCAGGGCUGCUGCGGUGCGGGAAGAGCUGCCGGCUGCGGUGGAUCAACUACCUCCGCCCGGACCUCAAGCGCGGCAACUUCACCGAGGAGGAAGACGAGCUCAUCAUCAAGUUCCACGAGCUCUUCGGCAACAAGUGGUCGCUCAUCGCCGGGAGACUGCCGGGCAGGACGGACAACGAGAUCAAGAACUACUGGAACACGCACAUCAAGCGGAAGCUCCUGGCUCGGGGCACGGACCCGCAGACCCACCGCCCUCUCGCCGCCGCCUCUGGCGCGCCCGCGGGGCAGCAGCAUUACCAGCUGGAGCAACAGAUGCAGGCAGCCGCGGCCGGCGUUGGCACGGUGGGCCAUCCGCACCACCACCGCCACCACCAGCAGCAGCACCAGGCUCCGCAGCAGCAGGACGUCAUCUCCAACUCGCCGGAGGCCGCCUGCACGAGCCGUAGCAGCGACGACGAGCCGCGGUCCUCCACGCCGACACCGCCGCCGCCGCCAAGGCGCCACCUGGACAUCGACCUCAACCUGUCCAUCAGUCUGUCUGCUUACCAGCCGCCGGAGGAGGAAAGCGGCAGCAUCAAGUCGCCACUGAUGAUGAUGAUGAUGAAGCAGGAGGAGGAGACAGCGGCGGCAUCGGCGGCGGGCGGCACCAAUGCGGCGGCGGCGGUGUGCCUGUGCCUCAACAGCCUCGGGUACCGGCCGGGCGUCGAGUGCGCCUGCGGCGGCAACGGCGGCGUCGGGUCCUCCUCCCAGUCCCAGCAAUGGGCUCGGAGUUUUUUACAGGCAGCGGCGGCGGCGACGCCAUGCUACAGAGGCCAAUAGUGUUAAGACAGGAAGAGUGAUCAGUGAGUGAGACAGUGACAUAAGUGGGAGGGUUAUUUACGCAGGGCAGAUACUUUUAGUUAACUACUGGAGUACUAGUAGUAAAAAGCCACACAUGCUUAGGCUUUAGCAGCUCUCUUUGUAAAACAUGCAUCAUGGGUUAUGAGGAGGAGAUGUGCUCUUGUCUUGUCGUUUCUGGUUCA